CAGUGACAUCGCCACGGUGAGCUGAUGUGGACUUCCUUUGCCUUGCUAGCAGUCAGCCAACCAGGAGCAGUAAUUCAUAGGAGCUGCACUUGAACAGAUAUAAAGUCUCAAAACCAAGAUGUUCCGGAUAGCUGCCUUUAUCUUCCUGUUGGUGGUUGCCUGCUCGGGAGAGAGCUGCACGGACCCGACUAUCACCCCGUCGGCCUACACCACCUCGGACGCCGUUAUCUCUGCAGAGUCUGUGUUCAUCGUGGAGCUCAGCCUGGUGUGUGCCAACGGAGCUCAGAGUGUCACACUGUAUGCCGAUGUCAGUGGAAGACAGUUCCCUGUGACCAGAGGCCAGGAUGUUGGCAAAUACCAGGUCUCCUGGAGUCUUCCUCACAAACAGGCCAGCUCUGGCACUUACCAAGUCAAGUUCUUUGAUGAGGAGUCCUACAGUGCCCUGCGCAAGGCGCAGAGAAACAAUGAAGACGUUAACGCCAUUCAACCGCUAUUCUCAGUCAACGUUGACCACAGGGGGGCGUGGAACGGUCCAUGGGUGUCCACAGAGGUGGUAGCAGCUCUUCUCGGCAUCCUGGUCUACUACUUGGCCUUUAGUGCCAAGAACACCAUCCAAGCAUAAACAGAUCCACAGUUACUUUUUGACCCUCUGGAUCAUUAAAGACUGACUACCGGCGCAGCUCCACAACAACAUUAAUGGCACGUCUUGAAAUAAGUUUUUCCCUGCUUUGGGAUGAGGAUUGGUUGACAAGUCUUUGUAUGAUGUUUUUUUUUUUAAUUCAGGGACAUCAGGUUUGUAUCUUCAGACAUUUGUAAUUGUUUUUUUCUAAACCUGGACCCCUUCAUAAAUAAUGAUACAUGUAUUUGGUGCUGCCUCAUAAGGCCCAGGCACAGAGAGAUCAAACCUUACACAUGUAGCAGAACAAUUUGAUGGCAGUUCUUCAGAACCAAUAAAUGGCUUGUUUUUC